CAGAUUGUUGAAACAAAAUGAAAAAUUGGUUUUUAACUAUAGAGAGGUAUUUUCUCAAAAAAAAAAAAAAAAAAAAAAAAAACUAUAAAGGGGUAUAAUUGGAUUAAUGUGUUCAAUAGGUGGUGCAUUAAAAGAUCUUGUACCAUAUUUAAGCAAGGUAUAUCAAAUUUCCCUUGUCUAGUAACACCGACUGUGCUACACCAGAAAAGUGUCAAUAGUUUGGAAAAUAUGCUUUACCAGGGAUGAAAAGUGUCACACGAGAAAGAGUCAUACAUAGGAUAGGAGAUUAAUAAUCUUUCUUUGGGACGAUUACAUAGCAUAGCAGAUUUCUUACCAGAAAAUCAGGGAGAAAGAAAUCAUGGGGUUCGACACGUUGGGUGAUCUCGAGCUUAACAUAAUCCUAAGCAACUUAGGAGCUGAAGACACCGCUAGAACUUCUUGUGUCAGCAAGAAAUUGCGGACAUCCACCUCCGAUGACAUUCUUUGGUCCCAUUUCUGCGCCCAAGAGCUUGGCCUCUCACAACCCCUUGAUCCUCUCGGCAAUCCAGUCGCUUCUUUCAAGGUAUCUUAUCAGUUAUGGCGAGAAUCGUUUAGUAUGUAUCCUUGGUCACUUGUAAGGCGGGUACAUAAAUGUUGGGGAAGGCUUAGAAAUUGGUUGACACUUAAUUUUCCAGAGGCUGAGGCUACUCUUAGAAAGGGGGCAUCAGAAUCUGAGAUUCAAGAGUUUGAAAGAAUCUUGAAGGUGAAAUUACCUCUUCCUACGAGGAUCCUCUAUCGUUUUUACGAUGGCCAGGAAUUUAAAGAUGAAGACUAUGCAAAUGAUCUGUAUGGUAGUCCAUUGGGCCUGAUAGGUGGUUAUACUUUCUAUAACCGCUCUGUAAAUGUGUACUUGCUGCCUUUACAUCAAAUUGUUGCGCAAACAAUUGAUAACAGAUCUUAUCCUGGUUUCUCUGGAAAAUCAAAUUAUAUUAUUGUGGCUGCUUCCUCCACAUUAAUUCCCAAGUUAUUUUUGCUAAACUGUAGCAGCGGUCAACUCUUUGUUGGCACCAAGAAUCUGUCAGCUUCUGGAGAAAUGCUUCCUUGUGUUCCAAAGGAAUCGAUCAGAUCAGUGCAUGAUGUUAAUGCUAACCAACAACAGGAUGCCAUGUUGCUGUGGUUAGAGGAGCAUGCUAGUCGGUUGGAAAAAGGAAUCAUCAAACUUCGUGAAGGGAAAAAACCCGGUAGUAAUAGUAUCAGUCAGUUUCCUGAAGAAUCCCCCUUAUGUAGUACUGCUAUAACCUCUGGUGUACAAGUUAGUGCUUCUGCUGUGCUUAUUCCAGAAUUUUCAGACCUUGAAGAUUUUGAGGAAAAAUAUUUGUUUACAUACUCUAUCCGCAUGUCCCUUCUUCCUGGAGGAGGCAAUAUCAAUGGGAUGGCAUUUGACUCUUGUCAACUGUAUUGGAGACACUGGGUCAUUCGUGCUAAUAACCAAGUUGUGUCUGAUGUUAAUGGUGAAGCUGUAAUUGGAAAGUUCCCAAUACUGCGUCCAGGUGCGAAGGAAUUUAUUUACGAGAGUUGCACUCCUUUACCAUCUUCUGAAGGUUCCGUUGAAGGCUAUUUUACUUUUGUCCCUGGCAGGUUGCAAGAGCCAAAAGGCGACAUGUUCAGGGUAAAUGUAGCACAGUUUCCCCUUCAACUACCAGACUACAUUUACUAAAUAAUUUGCAAGGGGUUUGGGUUUAAGAUAAUCGUCACACCAUGUCGUACAUUCUGUUUUUCUUUAUUAUUAAAUAUUCUAUUACCCUUUAUCUUCUUCUUUUAAUAUUUGUUUUCUUUGCUGUGGAACAUUUUUCUUGGAUUGCCUUUUAGUGUAGCCUGUAGUAUGUGAAAUAUGAAGAGAAUUAUGUGUACCCGAAUUGAGUUUCAUAACUUUACUUCAAUAACAGAAGAAAGAGAUGGAGAAAAAUGGAGAGGUUAAGGUUUCA